CUGGGACCACGGCACCAGCAGUGCAGAGCAGUGCGAUUGGGCGCGAUGAUCCGGUAUGCUUUAGAAGUGUGAGAAAGUUUGCUUGUGUCAAACUAACAUCUUGAAAAAAUUCAUCGUGCUAUCAUUUUAAUAUUUCUUUAUCUUUCGUCAUCCGUAGAAUAUCGCGUCCGAAGCGUAAACAAUUUUGAAUUCCGCGUUGAAUCAAUACUUAAAAAAAACUAAAUAAUAAUAAGAAGAAAAAGUAGCGAAUUGUUGGUGAAAGUAGACAGCACUUAUCCAUUACGGAAAUCAACUUCAUUCGUUAGUUGUUCGUAUAAUGAGUGGAGUAUCUAAUCAGGAUGAGACUCAUAUGACAACACCAGAACUAAUUGAUACUCAUGGUUAUAAGUCAGAAACGCAUCAAAUUUGGACAGAAGAUGGAUAUUGUUUGGAUGUACAUCGUGUUCUCCCUCCAAAAACAGAUGAAAAUGAGUACUGCAAGAAUAAUGUAAAUAUUGUACACAAUAGAAAAAUAACAGAGUACACAAAUUAUGAAUUCACACAAAAUACAAAGGCUCGAGUACCAGUUCUUAUUCAACAUGGAGUGCUAUCAAGUUCAGCCGAUUGGGUACUAUUGGGUCCAAAGAAGGCUCUAGCAUAUGUCUUGUGCGAUAAUAAUUAUGAUGUCUGGUUGGGAAAUACAAGAGGUAAUGCAUAUGGCAAAAAACACAGACAAUAUACAACCACAGAUAAAGAGUUUUGGAACUUCAGCUGGCAUGAAGUUGGUUAUUAUGAUUUACCAGCAACAAUAGAUUACAUUCUAGAACAAACUGGAUAUACUAAGCUCUACUAUGUAGGUUACAGUCAAGGUACGACUGCAUUCUAUGUAAUGGCCAGUGAAAGGUCUGAAUAUAAUUCGAAAAUUAAGGGAAUGGUUAGUCUGGCACCAAUAGCAUUCCUUUCAAACCAAAGGAGUCCUUUGUUCAAAUACAUUGUACAUUUUCAUGGGUUAAUGGAGUGGGGAUCCUCUUAUUGCAAUGUACAUCAGUGGUUCCCCCGCAAUAAGUUACAGGCACAAGCCUUGGGUACACUAAUUCGAAAUGCUCCAAGCAGUCUCACUAAAGGUUUCUGUGCAUAUUGGUUCUACUUAAUUGCUGGAUUUGGGAGUGACCAGUUAGAUGAGUCGAUGCUCCCAUUAAUUUUUGGACAUUUUCCAGCUGGUGUUUCUGCCAAGCAGCUUGUUCAUUACAGUCAAAGCAUAUUGUCAGGAUCGUUUCGUAAAUUUGAUUAUGGAGCGUCUGAAAACCUAAAAAUAUACGGAUCAACGCAACCACCAAAAUAUGAUCUAGAAAAUGUGAAAAUACCAAUUAUGAUAUUUUAUAGCGAAAAUGAUUUUCUAACCGAUCCUGCAGAUGUAAGGAAACUUGUCGAUAGACUGCCGAAUGUGAUAGAGACGCGAACAAUAGAAUAUGCAAAAUUUAAUCACAUUGAUUAUUUGUGGGGUCGAGAUGCCAAAACGCUUGUAUAUAAUGCCGUUUUAACGGCAUUAAAACGAUUUAAAUAAAAAGAUGCUUUUACAGAG